CGGGCGUGGGGGGCGGGAGAACGUGGAGCAAUGGCCCGCGCCGGCCGCCGGGCUGGAUAAGAAGCUGUCGCCCCGCGGGUGUGGGACGGAGGGAGGAGAGGGCGCCUGGACGCCACGGGAGUAUGACGGGGCUGUACGAGUUGGUGUGGCGGGUGCUGCAUGCUCUGCUCUGCCUGCACCGCACGCUCACCUCCUGGCUCCGCGUUCGGUUUGGCACCUGGAACUGGAUCUGGCGGCGCUGCUGCCGCGCCGCCUCUGCCGCGGUCCUAGCGCCGCUCGGCUUCACGCUCCGCAAGCCCCCGGCUGUCGGCAGGAACCGCCGUCACCACCGGCAUCCGCGAGGGAGGCCGGGCCCGGCCGCCGCCCACCCCCGGCUGAGCUGGCGCGCGGACGGCCGUUCCCUGGAGAAGCUGCCAGUGCACAUGGGCUUGGUGGUCACCGAAGAGCAGGAACCCAGCUUCUCGGAUAUCGCGAGCCUCGUGGUGUGGUGUAUGGCUGUGGGCAUCUCCUACAUCAGUGUCUACGACCACCAAGGUAUUUUCAAAAGAAAUAAUUCCAGAUUGAUGGAUGAAAUUUUAAAACAACAGCAGGAACUUCUGGGUUUAGAUUGUUCCAAAUAUUCACCAGAGUUUGCGAAUAGUAAUGACAAAGAUGAUCAAGUUUUAAAUUGCCAGUCGGCGGUGAAGGUGCUCUCCCCAGAAGAUGGAAAAGCAGAUAUCGUGAGAGCUGCUCAGGACUUUUGCCAAUUAGUAGCCCAGCAGCAAAAGAGAUCCACAGAUUUGGAUGUAGAUAUGUUAGACAGUUUACUUAGUUCAAAAGGUUUCCCUGAUCCUGAUUUAGUACUGAAGUUUGGUCCUGUGGAGAGCACACUAGGCUUUCUUCCCUGGCACAUCAGAUUGACUGAGAUUGUCUCUUUGCCUUCCCACCUAAACAUCAGUUAUGAGGACUUUUUCUCUGCCCUUUGUCAAUAUGCAGCCUGUGAACAGCGUCUGGGAAAGUAGUGAUCCCUGGUUGUCUAUUUUGAUUUCAGGCUUUUGGAGAAAAGGACCCAAGUGACUCUGAUGUUUACAAAGCACCUAUGAAACCCUGUACACACCUAGUUCAUAAUCCUCAUAAUUUAUCAACAAACACAAAAAAGUGUCUUACUUGAGAGUAAGGGUAUGUGUGAAUAUGUAUGCGUGUGUGUGUGUGUGUGUGUGUGUAUGUGUAUGUGUGUUAAUAAAUUUAUAAAUGGGGGAAGUAUUGGAGAAGGAAAUUCGUAGACCUGCAACUUUGAGCAAAUAGCAGCAAUGUUUUAGGAGCUGAGAUUUCAGAUUUAAAGGCUUCAGUCUCAACUACUUCCCUGUUUUUGUGGGGAGAGCAGGGCAUGACUAGAGCUAUUUGGUUGUUUUGAGGGGAGGGGAAUAAUUUUUGUUCAGUCUUUCCUAGUGACCAAACUUAAUUUUUAAGAAUAAUAUAUUGACUUAUUAA